CCGAGGGGGGGGAACAACCCGCCCCGGAACCGUCCCGUCGGGUCCCAUUUUCAGGCCGGCCUCAUUUUCCUGAUGCACCGCGCGGGGAUAUGUAUGGAGGGUCCACUUCCGGUCGCCUCCACUUCCUGUUUCCGGCGUGGUGGGGGAGAGGCGAGGGCAAAGGACGCACGACGGGCCCGUCGGCCUGACGGGGACCCUGCGGCCAGUGCGGGACUCGGCGAAUCAGGCGUUAACGGAGGGAACCUGAUUGAUGCCAGUCAACGUGGGCUUUCAGAAAACGGGCCCCGUCGGACGAGCUUGACAUCUGUGUUUGCCGAGAUCCCCGGGGGGAUAAAGGGACGCUGAGCCAGGAUGACACGUCACGGCAAGAACUGCACGGCUGGCGCCGUGUACACCUACCACGAGAAAAAGAAGGACACGGCCGCCUCCGGUUACGGGACCCAGAACGUCCGUCUGAGCCGAGAUGCCGUCAAGGAUUUUGACUGCUGCUGCCUGUCCCUGCAGCCCUGCAAGGACCCGGUGGUCACGCCCGAUGGGUACCUGUAUGAGAAGGAGGCCAUCCUGGAGUACAUCCUGCACCAGAAGAAGGAGAUCGCCCGGCAGAUGAAGGCCUACGAGAAGCAGAAGAAGGAGAAGCGGACGGAGCUGGAGGAGCUGAGCCGGGCAGCCGAGGAUGCCAAGGUGAAGGGCUUCCUGGCCAAGGAGAUGAGCAUCGUCAGCAAACCCCUGAAUCCCUUCGACCACAAGUCAGGUACGGGGCUGUGGGGCGGGAGUGAGGGGCACCGGCAGGAGCCAGGGAGAGAACCCAGGCGUCCUGGCUCCCAGCCCCGUCUCUACCCCCUGCAGGACCGGUGUGUGUACUGCCCCAUGAGCGGGCGACCCCUCAAGCUGAAGGACCUGACCCCCGUGCACUUCACCCUGCUGGACCCGGACGUGGGUCGCGUCGGGCUCAUCAACCGGCAGGACCGAUACGUCUGCGCCGUCACCCGCGACAUGCUGGGCAACUCGGUGCCCUGUGCCGUGCUGCGCCCCUCGGGCGCGGUGGUCACCCUGGAGUGUGUGGAGCGGCUGCUGAAGAAGGACAUGGUGGACCCGGUGAAUGGGGAGAAGCUGCGGGAGGACGACAUCAUCGUGCUGCAGCGGGGCGGCACGGGCUUCGCCGGAUCCGGGGUGUGCCUGGAAGCCAAGAAGUCCCGCCCUGUCAUGCAGGCCUAGCCCCGCCCCCUCUUCCCAGAGGGCGGGGCUUGUGCCACACUGGGGGCGGGGGGGGGUGUUGUUUUAACAUGGGAACCCCCAGCGCCACUGCCUGCCCUCCUGAGCAGGGAAACUGAGGCAGGCGCUGGGUCAGGGCCGGGGUGUGUGUGUGUGUGUGGCCGCUGUGCUGCUUGUCAUGUAUCUAUCAAUAAAGCCGUGUGUCCCCCGUA